UUCCGGGUGCGCGAUCGACGGCCCCGUUCCGGACGCGUUCAGCACCCCGCAGACGGCCCCAUACCGUAGACGGCCGGACCUCAGUGUGGGGCCUGAACUGUGCGUUAUCGGAGGUCUUCUCGCUGUAUCUCUCUCUAAUGUAUGCAAGGUUGUGGUAUAAUGGACACAUCAGGAGUUGAAUCAAGUUCCAGACCCUAUGGAGGUCGCUAUGUUCAAGGAAGAUACAGCUCCCUUGAACAUCACAGAAAUGAUGAAGUAGGCCAAUAUAACCAUUCCUGGAGGGGCAGUGGCAGGGAAAAUGAUUUUCGGACCAGUAGAGAUUUGAGGUAUGGUAACCGGAGGGAGUCCACAAACGGUGACAGAAGAUCAGUGGGCUCGGCCAGAAGUGGUUACAAAAGAGAGAGAAGGUACCCAAUGAGGUUAGAUGAACUGGAAAGACUAUUGCAUUUACCACCUGAUGUUGUGGUUACAGAACUGUUAAGGGAUGGAUCAGGCUUCCAUCUUCUUCUUAAAGAGUUUGCUAUUAAUGAUGAUGAAUUUGCACUCUUAAUAAAUGUUCUUGCACAUGCAACCUCUACUCAGUCAAACAAGCAAAAUUUAUGUGAUCUAUUCAGCAAAACAUGUGAACAAAAAUUCAUAGAUAAACUGUGUAGUUUCAUAUAUACAAUUAAGAAACGAUAUUUAAACCAGGCUCAAGAAUGGUUUUCUGAUUUACACACAUUUUUGGAAACUUAUGCCAAUACAAUGACAACCAAUGCUAUUGACAGGCUACCCAAUUUGUUGGAAGCCUGCAUUAUGCUAUUGACACCUUUAAAGGAUGAGGGUCUCAUUAAAGAGAAACUUGUCAAGCAAUAUGAAGCUCUGCAAGAAAUGCUAACAAAAGCAUCCAAACAGUGGAGGCAAGAGCAGCUGGCUGGGGGUCAGAAUAAAAGAUUACGAAAGUAUGAUAUGGACCGUGCAGAACCUCCUGACGACUUUCGGGAAUAUCCAGUAUUACCAACACCGUGGGAUUUAUUGACAAUUGAGCGUCCCUUUCUUCGCAGAAACAUAGUGAAGGGGAAGUAUAAUGAUGUCGAGCAUUAUUUGGAUGUGCAAUUCAGACUCCUACGUGAAGAUUUUGUCAGGCCUUUGAGGAAUGGAAUUCAAGAUUACAUGAGUGGGAAGCAAUCUAAAAUUCGGGAUGUAAGAAUUUACAAAGAUGUUUGUGUUGUAGGGUCUCAGAUAAAAAAUUAUGAUAUCAUUCAUAAUGUCCAGUUGAAUAUGCCAAAGAGAGCUAAAAUGGAGAACUCUAAGCGUUUAUUGUAUGGCAAUCUUGUGUGUUUCAGCAAUGAUGAUUUCAAAACCCUACUCCUUGCCUGUAUAUCUGUGAGGGAUCCAGAAGAGCUAAGAGAUGGAAUUAUUGGGGUUCAGUUUGAGUCAGAUAUUGAGAAUUUUGACUUGUCCACAAAAUUCCUGAUGGUUGAGUCAAAGGCUUAUUUUAUGCCAUAUAAACAUGUUUUAAUGGCUCUGAAAAACAUGUCAGGAAAUGCAUUCCCUCUGGACACAUAUAUUGUUAAUGUUGAUCCUGAUGUUAAGCCUCCAGAAUAUUUAAAUGAGGUAGAAAUGUAUGACUUAAGAGUUAUUAAAAACUCAAAGAUGAUGAAAAAAUCGGAAGCAUACAACACACUUUUUGACUUUGACAUAGACUUUGAGGAACCUGAUGAUACUCAAUAUAGUAACCUUAAGGAGGUGCCCGUUAAGGAUAACCUCACAUCAUGGCCAUCGGAGAUUGAUUUAGGACUUGACAGUUCUCAGCAAAGAGCUCUGCAGAGUGCCCUUACACGGCAACUAGCAAUCAUCCACGGUCCUCCUGGUACAGGAAAGACCUUUAUAGGUCUCAAAAUUGCACAAAUCCUGUUGCACAAUAGUAAUGUUUGGAAAAAUAAAGAAAAUCCUACACCAAUAUUAGUUGUGUGUUUCACCAAUCAUGCAUUAGAUCAGUUUUUGGAAGGCAUGAGUACCUACACAAGGAAUAUAGUAAGAAUUGGUUCUAGAUCAAAGAGUACAACUAUAGAACAGUUUCAGAUUAAUUCACUAUUGAGCAUUCUUCACGAAAACUCUGGCAUUCCAAACUCCAUUCAUGAGCGAAAUAGGGAAUUAUUGAUGGAGCUAAAUAAAUUAGAAGAUAAAAUCAUGAGGAGUCAACACAACAAAGCUAAUAUUAUUAGCAAAGCAGCUAAAGGAAUAAUCUCUCUUGACUUGCUUUUGUCUGAAGAUAUUAUACCUUCACAUUUAAGAUGCCAAUUAAUAUUAGGUGAUAAGAAGUUAGCAGAUUGGCUACUCUUUAAUAUUGAACAAGCACAUGUUGAAAAUCAAGUUCAGCAGCUCCAGUUGGUACAGACCCCCAAAGAAACUACGUCUUUGAAACAGGAAGAUGAAGAAAACUGUGAGGAUGAAUUAACUGAAGAUAAAGAUUGGGAAGCCACACAGGAGUUACGUGAACUUGAAGAGCAAAACAGACUGUUGCCAGAUUUUGAAACGAAGGCUUCAAAACCUGAGAAAAUUUUGGGUUUAUAUAUUGAUAAUAAAUUUAUACCAAACACUAUUCUAAGAAAUGAGGUAACAGUAGAUAUGCUUGCUCUAAAGUUGCAAACUGUAUUAGCAAUUUAUAAUGAAGAUGUAACAAAUUCUGAAGCUUACUUUAAAUAUACUAUACUCGCUGGUCAGCUAGAAGCAUUAAAUAUCGGUCUCUCUUUAACUGGAAACUUUGAAGAAUUAAGCCAAUUAGAAAUGGAAUCACAGCUUAAUAUCUGGAGUCUAACCUUUCCAAUGAGGUGGAAGCUAUAUAAUUACUGGGUUGGGAAGCUCUUAGACAUAAGAAAUAGUGAAAUUAAUUUUCUAGAAGCAAGUUACCAAAAGGUGUCGGAAGCCCUGCGUGAGACACGCAACCAGAAGUAUUUGUACGCCAUGCGUCAUGCUUCCGUUGUAGGCAUGACGACUACAGCAGCAGCACAGUACAAUGACAUUAUGAAAGACUUGGCCCCAGCCAUUGUUAUCAUAGAGGAAGCUGCCGAAAUUCUGGAAUCCCACGUCAUUACUUCUCUUACUGCCAAAUGCCAACACCUCAUAAUGAUAGGAGAUCAUCAGCAAUUGCGUCCAAGUGCAACGGUGUACGAACUGGCCACCAAGUAUGGUCUUGAAACAUCCCUAUUUGAACGCAUGAUCAAGAAUGGCUUAGCGUACGAGACACUUGAAUAUCAGCAUCGUAUGAGGCCCAGCAUCUCAAAACUACUUGUACCAUCCAUAUAUCCAAAUCUAAAAGAUCAUCCUUCAGUCAAUGACUAUCCAAGUAUCACAGGCAUGUCUAAGAAUGUUUUCUUCAUUUCUCAUGAUAUCCCGGAGCGAGAGGACUCUGAUGACAACAACAGCCAUGAAAAUCAAUUUGAAGCAGAAUUUAUCAUAGGACUGUGCCGACAUCUGGUUUUGCAGGGCUACUCACCAAGAGAGAUUACUAUUCUCACUCCAUACUCAGGACAGUUCUUCUUGCUACGUAGGCUUCAGGAUGAUCAUGUGCACUGCAGAGGUGUGAAGAUUUGUGUCGUGGACAACUUUCAAGGAGAAGAGAACAACAUUAUUCUGUUGUCAUUAGUGAGGAGCAAUGUUGAAGGCAUUGUGGGUUUCCUUCGUACUGAUAACCGAGUGUGUGUUGCCCUCUCGCGUGCCAAGCACGGGUUAUAUGUCACAGGAAAUAUGGAUCUCCUGAGUGCUUCCAGUGAGCUUUGGAAGAAGAUUAGAGAAGAUCUUACAAAGGAAGAAUCCAUUGGCAAUACCCUAAUUCUCAAGUGUAAAAAUCAUCCUGAUAAAUUGACUCCAGUUUCAUCUGGUGAUGACUUCUUCAAUAAAAGUCCAGAAGGAGGAUGUCAACAAGUAUGUGGCAGUUCUCUUCUAUUUUGUAAGCAUUCCUGUUCCAAGAUUUGUCAUGUGUAUGAUGAGGAUCAUAUAGACUAUAAAUGCCAAGUGCCUUGUCCUAAAACUCUGUGCGAGUUGGACCAUCCAUGCCCGAAGAAAUGUUGGGAAAAAUGUACACCAUGUGAGGUUCCAGUCACGAAGUUGUUGCCUUGUGGCCAUAGUCAUUCCAUUCCUUGCCAUGUUAACCCAAACCAACACAGGUGUCCAACUGAAGUCAUUAAAACAAUACCGCUAUGCCAACAUGAUGUUAAAAUGCCUUGCCAUUGCAAUCCAAGAAAUUUUCGUUGUACCAUGAACUGUGAUACUAGACUGGAUUGUGGUCAUAAAUGUCAUCAGAAUUGUCACCGUCAUAAGGAUCCGGAUCACUUGAAUUACGACUGCUUAGAAAUGUGCACAAAACUGAACGCAGGUUGUUCACAAAACCACCCCUGCAAGAAAAUGUGUUAUCAAGAAUGUGGAGCCUGCAUAGUCAAAUUAGACAAGACACUACCAUGCGGACAUGAGGCAAAGCAAGUCGAAUGCUCGGAACUCGUCGAAGAUAUUAAAUGCCGUAAAAACUGCCAAAAAGUACUUCGCUGUGGUCACCCGUGUAAGAAGCUGUGUUUCCAAACCUGCGGGGACUGUACGGUGAAAGUUACGAAAACUGUCCCAGACUGCAAUCACACUGCUAUGAUUGAAUGUGGACUACCAGCAACAGCCAGCAAGUGUGAAGGAAAAUGCCCGAGGAAGUUACCAUGUGGCCAUUUUUGUACAAAGCGCUGUAUGGAUCCAUGUAUUGUUAAGUGCAUUGAGUUAGUUCCUUCGACCACCAGGUGCCCAAAUGGACAUAUUGUCAAGUUACCUUGUCAUUUGAUUGAGGAAGUGAAGGGAGAGGCAGCAUGGGUAUACUGUAAAGAGCCAUGCAAUCAGCUUCUGAAAUGUGAGCAUAACUGCAUGGGCGACUGCGGCCGCUGCUUCCAAGGACGUGUUCACGUCUCCUGUCAACAACCCUGCAAGAAACCUCUCGUGUGUGGACACAUAUGCAAGCAUCCAUGCAGUGCUGAAUGCCCGCCAUGCCAAGAGCCAUGUCAGUGGCGCUGUCAACACAGCUGUUGUCGUAAAAAAUGUGGCAUGCCUUGUGAGCUGUGUAAGAUGAAUUGUGAAUGGGAGUGCAAGCACCUGAAGUGUAAUAAACUUUGUGGCGACAAGUGCUCAAGAAAACCAUGUAAUCAGGCUUGCCCUAAGAAGCUAGAGUGCGGUCAUCCGUGCAUUGGCUUCUGCGGUGAUCCCUGUCCUCCGCUGUGUCGGGUUUGUCACGUGGACGAGCUUACGGAGUUUAUGUUACUGGGCUACGAAGAAGAACACGAUGCAAGAUUUGUUCUGCUAGAAGACUGUGGUCACACUAUUGAAGUACAGGGCUUGGAGGGCUGGCUGGGCCAAGACAGUGCUGAAAUAGGCAUGAAAACGUGCCCAAAGUGUCGAAAGCCCAUCUACAACAAUCGCCGCUAUCAGAAUAUAAUUCUCGAGACAUAUGAAGCUGUGAAAGCUGUCAAGUGCAAAUAUUUUAAGACUCAAACCAAAAUAAAGAAGAAGGAUAUUGAAUUGAUCUUGCAGGAUCCUGAAAUUGCUGAUAAGUAUAUUAGUGAGGUCACAGAGCUGUACAAGAAACUUGGCCUAGGUCCAAAAACCAAGAAACACAAGAAAACAUUUCUUAAUGAUGGAGAGCUGAGGCUUAUCCAAUUUCAAGCUCAGGUUCUUAAGAAAGCUGCUGGAAUUCUAAAGUCUUUGCCAAAAGAAAGAGACUUAAUUGCUCGUACGUCUCCAGAACUAAGGAAGAGGACCAAACUUCGGGAUUUUCUUCAUUCGAUUGAUCACAGAAGUCAAGAAAACCAAAGUACGAAAGCACCUAAGCACCUGCCUAAGCACGAAAGUCGUCUGGGGCCCAUGAUGGAAGCUAUAGUUGAACUUGUUAUGCAACAAAGCUCAAUUAUUGCUCCUCAGAUGAUUGAUGAGGUAAGCUGCGAAAUGCAGCGUCUUAUGAUUCUUCCUGCUUAUUGGACAUUACAAGAAAAAUUCACCACUAACAGCAAUGACAGUCUCAUGGAAAUCAAAGCAAAGUUGGAGAAGUUUAUGGAUCCUACAAUAAAAUUUGAUUCAGAACGGGACAUAAAAGUCCAAGCUCUGCUGAAAGAGAGUGAGAAGCAUGUUGGUGUCUUGGGAAUCAGCCAAAGUGAAAAGAUUAUGAUUUUGCAAGCUAUGGGCUUCAGGCAAGGGCACUGGUAUAAAUGUCCUAAUGGACACAUCUACUGCAUCACUGAGUGUGGGCGUGCCAUGGAAGAAGGCCAGUGUCCUGAUUGUGGCUCUCGAAUUGGAGGGGGAUCACACAGAUUGAGAAGCGAUAAUGCUGUGGCAUACGAGAUGGAUGGCGCUCAACAUAGGGGUUUGUUUUGAGCAUAACAUGGGUAGCUUUGUCCUUGAGAUUAUUAUUAUAUUAUAUAUAUAUAUAUAU